UUCCUUUCAAUAAAUUUGCACAAAGACAUAGAAAUUGCCAUCUACUCUGCUUAUUGUGUGUGCGUGUGUGUUUUACAUCAUUUGCCCAUCUCCUAGCUUCGCCACCUUCUAAACGUUCCGCAAUCCCUGAAAUAGAGGUUCAGUCUUACUUAACAAUCCGUGCAUGACAGGCCUACAUGUCUAUAAAAUAUAUAACACAAAAUAUCCGUUCGCAUUUGUCUUUAUCCUGUGUCAUUACUAGGCCUACAUCAUUCAUUGUUGGAAUAAUGUCACUGAUCUUCUUAAUACGUGAUUAUACUUAUUUACUGUAAACCAUGGAAAAUGUUCAGAAUAAAAGCAAAAUGAAGGAGGAAAGUAAGCUCUUUUGCGUAGAAGAUUACGAAAAUCUGGCCCAGAAAGUCAUGAAUCCUUUGGCCCGGUCAUACUACGGCUAUGGAAAUGAGCGUGGAUGGUGCCUUCGAGACAGUGUCCAAGCGUUUUCUAGAUAUCGCAUCCGGAGCAGAGCUCUAAAAGACGUGUCCCAUCGGACCCUAUCCACGACUGUCCUGGGUCAGUCUAUCCCAUAUCCCAUCGGUGUUGCACCCACUGGAAACCACGUCAUGGUGCACCCGGAUGCAGAGAAAGCAACUGCCAAAGGCGCAGUGGCAGCUGGUGCCCUCCUGAUACACGCUGUCGAUUCAAAUGAGACCAUUGCUGACGUAGCAGCAUCAGCACCCGGAGGGCUCAGAUGGAUGCAAAUCUACAUGUUCAGGGAUCGUCAACUUACAGAACAUAUCGUUCGUGAAACGGAGAGGGCGGGCUACAAGGCAGUUGUGGUCGUAGUGGAUUCCCCAUGUUCGGGACUCAGCCCCAAGCUGCUUGAUAUGUUUAAUAACAACGGACUAGACCAUCCAAAAUAUUGUAUGAGGAAUUUUACGGCUGAUAUCCCUUCGUUCUGGGAGAGUAGAGCCUUCGAUGACUCCAAUAACUUUAAGUACUUGUACGACAUGCAGUUCCAUGCAUCGGCCACCUGGGAAGACAUCAAAUGGAUAAAAACCAUCACUCCCCUUCCGAUCGUGUGUAAGGGCAUCCUUUCAGCUGAAACAGCAAAGGAAGCAGCAGGUGCAGGGGUUGAUGGGAUACUAGUAUCAGCUCAUGGCGGGAGACAAUUAGAUGGCGCCCCUGCACCGAUCGACGCUCUGGCUGAGGUCGUAGAUGCAGUCCACGGCAGUGGUAUAGAGGUUUACAUGGAUGGAGGAAUACGGACAGGAACGGACGUCUUUAAAGCACUAGGAAGGGGUGCUCGGGCUGUGUUUGUAGGCAGACCUGUAUUAUGGGGUCUAGCAUGCCAGGGUUCGAAGGGUGUCGAAAAUAUCUUGGAAAUUCUAGUUAAAGAAUUUGACAAAGCCCUAGCAAUUAGUGGCUGUACGAGUCCCGAAGGCAUCCCUCCAGGAAUGGUAGUUCAUGAGUCAUACUACCACCACAAUAAUAUGCAAAGUAAACUGUAACCAAUAUAUUGGUGCAUUUUAAAUGCAUUUUCAUUUUAAAUGGUCAGCGUACGGUUUCCAAGCGCAGAUUAAAGGAUCAAAAUUAAGCAAAUUGGUAAUUUCAAAUUUGGCGUUGACUAAUCACAAAAUGUAUGUUCAAAACACUGGGUCACAAUAAUU